AUGACAGGGAACGGCAACCUAGCAACAAUGAUGGCUCGUCGAAGCAUUCAGGAAAUUUCCAGUAUGAACUUGGAAAACAUUUUGCACAUGCAAGCCGAACUGCAGUACCUAGAAAUAGUUAUCAAUGAGGUGAGGAGGGUACCUGGGUUGAAUAGUUUCGACCAGAUAUGGAUCGAACGCCCCGAAAAGAUGUCAGAAGAGGACAUAUGCCAAAUCUUUGAGCGGUCAAGAACGCUGCUAGACCAAUAUCGUAGGAAUCUCGACCAUGCCGGUGAUCGAGAUAAUCCCACUGACCAUGGCACAGAUCGAGCUCUGUUGCAAACGGCCAAGAUCAAUGGGUUGCCAAAUCCCCGGAAAGAUUAG